CUGAGGAAGGAGAAGAAAAAAAGCAAACUUCAACUCUGAUAGUAUCCAGACAACUAAGGGGAGGGAGGAAAAGAGUAUAGACUGGAGACAUGUAUAGAGCCUGAAGAGUCUCAGGAAGAAGCAAGGGUCGAGUUCAAGGAGAGACAACACAAAAGAGCAAAAACAGAAGCUGGCUAAAGAGAAAACAACAUGGCCAUAGACUGCCACGAAGGUCAAUCCCCAGUCUCCACCAAGACCCCUGUGCACCCCCACAAGCUCAUAAAGUCUAUUGAGUCAGUAGAAAAAAUAAAGGUUGAAGGAAUACCUGAAGUUCUUCUCCAGAAUAAAGAUGGACACUGGGCCAAACUGCUGCUGCAGGGAACAGCCACAGAGACCAAAGAGAGCUCGGCCCUGGGAAUCUCCAUCAUAGCACAACCAGAAUGUGAGAAUAAUCAGGAGAUCUGCCCAACAUCCCCUGAAGGUCCCCUGUACAUCACAGAUUCCAAGCAGUACAGUUUCACGGAAAGCAAUGAGCAUAUCCCAAAUAACGUGGUUAAUGCGACUGAAGGCAAAUUGGCGCAACCACCGCGAUUCCCAAAAAGCAAGAAAAAGAGGCGGAAAAGGAACGCUAAGAAUAACAGCGCCACAUCAGCCAAAAGAAGCCAGACAAUGCCAGAACAGGAGACACGCACACCAAUACCUGUCCAGGAUGAAGAAUCAAAACAGUGGCAUUCAAAUGAUCUCCAGAAUUACUUCUCAAAUCAACAAUCCUGUAAAAACAUUCAAUACUCACCUCCUACCUCACAGCCAUACACUGAUGACCAGAAAGCCCUCAACAAGCUCAUCAGUCUGUCCCAGUGCAUUUGCCACGUGGCUGUUGGGAAGCUUCAGCCAUCAACCAAUCUAUCAGGUGUUCUACCAUCAGGAGAUGGAUUCUUAGAAAAUAUUACCGCCUUCGGACUUAAUGCUUAUCAAGAAAAAUAUACCUCACUAUGGGGUUCUUCCGAGCUUACCGACUGCUUUAGAGACUUAAAUUCCCAAUCUGUGGAAGAGGGGGUAUUGUACGCUCUUAAGGAUUCCGUGAGCUAUGGAGAACCGCAAAACUUGUGCACGCUAGCCAAAUCCUGGAAGAAAAGUGAUGACGAUGAACAUGAGAUCAAUGAAGGCAUCCUACUGAAUGAGAAACUUAGAAUGAUAGAUUAUGAGUACAAAGAUGGCAUUCACUAUACAAAAAGUAAAGAAGUGCUGGGCAGAGGAGGCUUUGGAGAUGUGCACUUAGGAACAGACAACAGAACUGGACUUACGUUUGCAGCCAAAACAGUAAAUAUCAGCAAAUUUCGACCUGAGGAGCUGACAUGUCAUCUGGCUGUCAAUUCGGAAAAAAUAAUCCCAGUGUAUGGGGCAGUCCGAGAAGGACCCUGGAUCACUGUGUUUAUGAAGCCCAUGGAUGGUGGAUCACUGGGCCAGUUGAUCAAGAGAAGUGGCUUCUUAGCAGAGGACCGUGCCUUGCAUUAUGUAGGACAAGUACUGCAAGGCCUAAAACACCUUCAUGCUGCCAAUAUACUGCAUGGAGAUAUAAAAGCUGACAAUGUACUCCUUUCUAAAAACGGAGAAACAGCAUACCUGUGUGAUUUCGGACACGCAGCAUGUCUACCUCCUGGUGGUUCUAAGACACAGCUAUUGACCGGCGACUAUGUCCCAGGUACUGAAACACACAUGGCUCCUGAGUUAGUUCGUGGGGAACCUUGUGACACAAAGUUAGAUGUGUGGAGUGCAUGUUGCAUGCUUCUGCACAUGCUGAAUGGCUGGCAUCCAUGGAGCCGCACACACAAAGCACCCUUAUGUCUUAAGAUUGCCACAGACCCACCCCCUUUGCAAGAAAUCCCCCCUAGCUGUAACAACCUAACCCGUAACCUCAUAGUGGAUGGACUUCAGAAGGAUCCUAGUAUCAGAGCAGAUGCGGUGGAUCUCAUUCAAAAAGUGGACAUUGCACUUCGAAAAAUUGGAGGUCUGAAAUCUUCAUACAACACAGAAUACAGAGAACCUCGAAUAUUUCCUCCCCCCUUCACAGAAACCCCACAGGAUCCUGGUUCACAGAUCAAGCCUUUUCCUGAAGAAGCCAUGGCUAUACAGGGGUACAGUAAGCAGAUACCAGAGGAAGCUGCCUUUACAAGUCACAAAAGUGAGGAACAAACCAAGAUAUCGUACACAGCAGAGAUUGAGCGUCUAGAACUUGAUCUAUACAUGGAGAACCUCUCCCAACCUUUGUCACUCGAAGAACACGAACAGCUGUUUCUCAGCGAGCCCAGCCUGGAGCCUCUGCACAGCCGGAAGGAUUCCAUGACAACUUGGGACACAAAAAGUUCUGGGAUUCAUUCCUGGGAUAGCCGUGUGGAUCCUUGGAGCCUGCAAAGUGAUUCAUUCUUUAGCGGAGGAAUUACAACUACACCCAGCUGGUUCAAUGGGGUAAAAGUGCAAUUAAAGUCUUUCAGUGGGGAGGACUUGUAUAUCUGGGAGUCUGGCAGGACCAAACUGGGAGACCUGGCGGUUGGAAUCAGCAGUCAGAUUCCUAUAAAAUCCUUUACCAUAGUAAACCAGACAGGAACAAACAUCCCUUGGGACACAGACAUCGCAGACUGCGGAAUUGAGCUACAGUGCGCCCUAGCUCCUGAUCAUGGCAGUUGGGUCUGGAGGGUGAAAAAAGGAAAGAUAGAAGAAGGGAAUACAGGGGAAGUGUAUACAGGCGGAGGGACAGAUACCCCAGAGUGAUCGCUAUGACUGAGUGAUCCCUAAACUCAGUUACAACUACACAUAUAUGCCUUAUUGACUGUCACGUCCGCAGUGAUGUAUGGAGGACACACAAGUGCUUGCAUUCUGAUUGUAUAAAGUUUCAUUACCAUAUCUGUAAUAAGAAAAUAUAUUUGUUUACCAGACUUUUUUUCUAUGCAGAAACUUCUUGUAGAAUCAGAAAUAUUUGUGAAAGAAAAAGCAGGACUUAGUGCCUAUGUCAAUAAUAGAGUAGAUCGAUAUAUGAUGGUUAGUAUAUUGGGAACUGAACCUAUAAAGGAUGAAGCUAUGUUUCAGGCACAUGGUUCAGAUUAGCCCAUGAAUGGCUUCCAGAGAUUAUAUGUUCUGGCUUCCAAUAGACGGACCGACCAGACAACCAGUAUAACAACCAACACAACUGUUAUGUACAUAAAAUGAUAGAUUAUGUAGUUUGAGAACAGUAGCGUUGAUCAGGUUGCUCAUGAUGUCAGAAGGUCUGGUUAUCAGGUUGUAGCCCAUGGAAAGCACUUUUGUGGGGUUUGUGCAUGCAUUAAGAGUAAAAAGCACAACCUACCCCAACGUGCAUUAAUGCAAGUGUUAUGUUCAUUCUCCUUAGACGUGGUCAAUAUUCCCUGCAUAGGACACUUUCAACAUGUUAGAGAAAACAGGUGUAUAUGGAGUGAGGUUACAUUAAAAACUAGAUUUCCAGUCACCCAGGGGCUCUUGCUGUCAGGUAAAGAAACAAAAGUUAUGCAACAUUGGAUCUUUACACCCUUUCAUGCCAGAUACCUAUGACUUGUGUCUUACAAGAUAUUGGUUGUUUUGUUUCUUAUGCUUGUGCACACACAAUAAUGGCAUAUAUAGAAGAAAAGGGGGUGUAUAGCAAAGAUCAAAAUAGGUCUUCAAUUACGGUGCUAGGUUUAGGCCUCGUUCACACUACCGUCGGACUCCAUUAGGUGGAGCUCCGUCAGCAGUUUUGUCAAGUUUAGCGGAGAGAAAAAUAGUCCUUGCACAAUUCUUUUCUCUGCUAAACUCCUGUAAAAUUACCAGAUCAAUGAUGGACCCCAUCCAAGUAAAUGGGGGCUGUUGGGACCUGGCAGAAGACGUUGGAAUCCGACCCGUUUCAGGGUCCAUUUGGCUCAAGGAAAAAAAAAAAGAGCUGAUCGGACCCUGAAUGGGUUGGAUGCAAACGGCAAUGUGAACCUAGCCAUAGACAAGAAAGACAGAUGCAGGUGGGGUGUUUGACUGGGGCGGAACACCUGUCAAACCGUAACGCAGGUGUCCUAAGCUCAGGGAGGACAGAAACCUCCCGUGGUGCAGAAGGUGUUUCUUUCCUCCUCCCCUUCUAUAGCCUGUAGGCCAACUUAAGCCUAUGUUUACAUGUCGGAAUGUCCGCACGGAAAAUCUCUAUGCAGACUUUCCACAGACUGCUGGUGCCGGCAUAAGAUGCUGGCACUAGAACCGCACAGGAAUGCGCCGCCUCAUAGAAGGCUAUGCAUUCCAUGCAGUGUCUGCAGAAAGAAAAAACAGGUUAAUUCUCUCUGCAGAAACAGAAUUUACAUGCCGGAAACAUCUGGGGCGGAUGUGUGCACAGAUCAGCAGAAUCCCGUUGAAUCCACGGAAAUUCCGACAUGUGAACAUAGCCUUAGGAUCCCAUAGAAGCUACAUGGUCUACUAUUUAUGUCCUAGGCCAUAACAUACAUUAUUGACACUUUUUUUAAAAUAAACGUUGUAAGAAAUAAGUAAAUUGCUUAUAGUGAAGGUCCAGGUCAAAAAGUGCAAAUUUCUAGUCAUGGCAGACAGUACAUUUUGGAGUGAAGUUCUGCGCAUUAAAGGAUUAGUCCAGCUCAGAAAAAUGUAUCCCCUAUCCAAAUGAUAGGGGAUAAGUACCAAAUCACAGGGGGUCCUUCCUGCACCGAGCUGUGUUGAUCGCAGAACAAAUGCAUCUCUAUGGGAGAGCCAGAGAUACCCAAUUGCAGCACUUUUGUUCUCCCAUACAGACAAAUGGAGGGCGCCUGCUGACCCCAUUCCAUGUAGGUGGAGAGCCAGGCAGGAGAUAGCAGGGGGUCCGACCCCCCUCGAUCUGACACUUAUCCCCUAUCCUUGGAUCCUUCGGCUGUCCGGACAUGCUGGGAGUUGUAGUUUUGCAACAGCUGGAGACACCUUGGUAAGGAAACCCUGGCAUACAGGUAUGACUGGAUUACAAUAACUAGAAUGCAGAUCUGUUCUCUUUAGGAAAUCCUCAAAUACGAUUAAGAAAUACCUGUAUCAGAAAUUGAUGUUAUGUCAUAGGCUUUAGUCUUUGUUACCAGGAAAUAUCUGUAACUUAAGAGGAAAUGAAAUAGCAAGAAUUUUAUGAAUUUGUGUAAUUGUACAUCUGUAAACCUCAAGAAGAAUAAAAAAUGUAUUGA